AUGCUGUAUGCGGUGUCUAUAACAACGUUUCUGAUCAUCUGGUGGACGUACCGCCACGUGUGGGGGCUGAGGCACGACUACCUGGCGUCAAGAGCCAAGGUGCUGCAUCCCGAGGAGUAUGUGGUGCUCGUCACUGAUGUGCCGCAGCCGCCGAAGCUGAGGCAGGAGUCCAGUGUGGGGCUGUUUGCGCCCAAGGAAGGCGUUGUCCCGACAGUGAAGCUGAGCAAGCCAGCAGUACGGCGCCUAUUCACCCUGCUGCGCAUCUGCACCAUGGGCGCUGUGCAGCCCCCACAGCGCGCCGACUGCUCGUCCGCGUCUGCGGUGGCGGACUCCCAGUUCGUGGACCGCUUCUUCUCGCGCCUCUACCCCGACUCCUACCUCAACAACCAGGGCGUCGCCAGCUACGGCAAGGUCAUGCGCGCGUACGCGCGCUGGCGCCACGCGGUCCAGAUGCUGGACCGCACGCGGUUCCGGUACCAGCAGAGUCUGGAGCGGAACUGCCAGCGCAAGAACCCCAGGCCCGAGGAGGAGCUCGUGCCGAUGAGACGCGAUGGGCUGCUGCGCCAGGUGUUCAUGGUGGGACCCAGGGAGCCGAGCAUUACGUACUGGAUUCGCCAGGUGGAGGACGCCAGCAAGGCGCUCAAAGAGGCGCAGAGAACCGCCUCCGCACGCCGGCGCACAGGCGCAGCCUUUGUGGCGUUCCGGAAGCGGCGCUCCUCAGCCGUGGCAGUGCAAACAGCCCACGCACUGCAGGGCUCCGCGUGGCUGGUGCACCGCGCGCCCGAGCCACGGGACGUGGUGUGGCAGAACCUGGAGCCGCGGUUCUGGGAGCGGCGCAUCCGCACGCAGGUGGCCAACGGCAUCUUUGUGUGCUCUGUGGUCUUCUUCUACCUGCCUGUCACCGCCGCCAGCUUCCUCAUCUCCUUUGACACGCUCGCUGCUAUCUUCCCGCCGCUCAAGGAUAUUGAUCAGAACGGGUGGCUGUACAAGGGGCUGACGCUCAUCCUGCCAGCGGUGGGGCUGCGUGUGUGCUACUGGAUAGCGCCACCGCUCAUGGUCAUGCUCUCCUACAUGCAGGGCUGCCUCUCCACCUCCGCUGCUGAGCGCCUCGCAGCCGAGCGCUUCUACUACAUCCUGCUCUGCAACGUCUUCUUUGGCUUCUUCUUCACUACCUCCGUGCUACAGCAGAUUCAGCUCCUCCUGGAGCAGCCAUCAUACGUGCUGGAGAUCCUGGGGAAGUCGGUGCCGAGCACGUCGGGGUUCUACCUGUCGUACGUGAUGACCUCCACCAUCAUCUUUGGCGUCGAGCUGCUGCGCCUGCCCCUCGCGCUCUUCAUCUACCUCUUCCGCGUGCUCUUCACUGGGGUUGCGAUUGCCGACCGCGAAAAGCUCUGGAACCAGGGCGGCAUCAACUACCACAUCUUCUUUCCGUACCAGAACCUGGUGAUCACCAUCGGGCUUGUCUAUGCAGUCAUCGCCCCCAUCAUCCUGCCCUUUGUCUGCUUCUACUCCUGCGUUGGCUACCUCGUGUGGAAGCACCAGAUCAUGUACGUGUACUCGUACCCAUACCAGACGGGAGGGCUGCUGUGGAUCAAGUUCGUGGGGCAUGUGAACGCGGCUCUCAUCAUCGCGCAGGUGACGGUGAUCGGAAUCUUUGUCAUCAAGCAGGCGUACCUGCCAGCAGCAGCAGCAGCGCCGCUACCCUUUGUGACCUUCUACUUCAUGGCGCUCAUACACGCCAAGUUCACCAACACCUUCCAGUUCCUCCCGUUGGAGCUAGCUGUCGAUGUGGACGAGUACAAUCAGAGCAAUGACAUGAUGCAACGUAUGGACGACAUGGCACCCGAGUACAUGCCCUUCUGCAUGCGCCCUCUGCACAACCCAGACCUGUCCCCGGACGCACCCCCCUCGGACAACAUUCACCAGAUCAUCAACCCGGAUUUCUAUGUGUCGCCGCUGGAAGCUUCGAUGGUGGAGGAGAGGAAGCUGUCUGUGAUUGCACACUCCAUGUCCCUCCGCCGGGGGAAAGGGUCCGAGUCGUUUAGCGAGGUGGAUGCUGGUGGCGCAAGUAGGGAUGGUGCUGCUGACUAUAUGUGCGAUCACAGCAGUCGGGCUGAAAUGCGCAGUGCGGAUGCUGAUGGGGAUACUGCUGCUGGGGAGACGGCUGCUGGUGGCACCGCAAUUGGUGACACAUGCACUGAUGCUGGUGGCACUCCCGUGGGCGGGACAAAUGCUGGCAACAGUGAUGGGGUUGCUGAUCAUGCCGUUGAGGUUGCUACUGGUGUUCAUGUCGUUGCUGCAUCCAGUGAGAGCGCCACACAGAGCUGA